CGCGGACGACGCGAAAGUCACGGCCGCGAGUCGCGAGUGCGAGACGCGGAGACGCAGACGUGUUGUCGCGGCGCCUCCGCGACUCGGGGUACGGCGGGAGCGAGACGCACGUGAGACCCGCGUAUCGCGCACCCGCGUUCGAACAUCUCUCCGGGACGGGAAAAAAACAUCUCCGUCCGGACGAUACGUCCGCGCGCGGAAUCGACCGCUCCGUGCCGAGCGUCCCGACGAUGGUCCCCGUCGAUGGCUCGACCGCGGCCCGCGGCUCGUCCGACCGCGAUGACCAGAAAACUCUAUGCAACAUGCCACCAGAUAGGCCGGAUGCAUCGGGUAUCGAAACUGAUAUAGAACUGAAUUCAUCUCAGGAUUAUAAUUUUGGUGAAAACGCCUAUACGAUGAACGACAAGGAGAAGGAGAACGCCAGCGUGCUGACUGACACAAACUCGACCAACGAAUGUCAGAGCGACAUUCCCAGAUGGGAAAAGUCCAUGGAAAAGAACAAUCAGUCGGACGACGAGUUAACAUCUCUCAGUUGGUUGCAUCAGCAGAAUUUACUUAAGGGUUUGGAGAUUUCAAAUCCUUCCAAAGAUAUGAAACACGAGAAUAUGCUAAACAACAAUAUCUGCGAUGAUAUGGCAGACUUUUCUGAAAAUACGAAUUCUAUAUCAAGCUUGGAUGAUAGUUUCUGUCCAGAGAACAAUGGGAAGACAAACGUGACGCUGAACGGAAAUGGACAAAACUGUCAACACCCCGUCAAGAAUUGUCAAAAGUCUACGCAAAUAUUUCAGGACUCUGUGAAAAGUCAUUGCAAUAUUUCGCCAAGUAAUCAAACGAAGAUUUCUUUGAGCAACAAUAAUUUGCCAAUGUCUAAUCGCAACAAGCAUCCUACCCAUAUACCAUAUGAUCCUCAUUUACACAGAAAUAGCAAACCACCAUAUUCAUUCUCCUGCCUCAUAUUUAUGGCUAUCGAAGAUAGUCCUGUUAAGGCGCUACCCGUGAAAGAAGUUUACGCGUGGAUCCUGGAACAUUUUCCGUAUUUCAGAAAUGCCCCUACUGGAUGGAAAAAUUCCGUCAGACAUAAUUUGAGCCUCAACAAGUGCUUUCGAAAAGUAGAGAAAGCUCCGAAUUUAGGCAAGGGAUCAUUGUGGAUGGUGGAUGCACAGUAUCGCCCGAAUCUGAUCCAAGCGUUAUCUCGCGCGCCUUUUCCUCCUCCCACAUCUCAAAAUCUAUCUUCGUCGGAAAAGAUGUCCAGGAAAUGCAUGAACACACGUCUCCCGGAUCCGGUUCUCUUUCCAUACUUAUCCAAAAGACUGGCGUCUAGCAAUAUUAAUGAUAGCGCGGAAGCCGAGAUAGAUAGCGACGUUGAUGCGGCAGCUGCCGCCAUGCUUUCUUUCAAGCAUGGACCUAUCAUUUUGAAUCAUAACAAAGAUCGUAAGCGAAAAUUACCGGAAUCGGAAAAAUUGGUGCCUGUAAUUACCAGGAGUUCCAGCGAGGACCAUACUUAUAGCUGUAUCGCUUCGAUAAAAUUGGAAAGCAAACAUUCGAAUGAGGAGGAAUUAAAUCCGGAUUUUGAUGAACAAAGAAAGAUUGCGGAAGGUGCUGAUGCGCUUCUAAAUUUGGCCGGAGUUAGUACAGCGUUAAACCACAAUAGAACACAUCACGUAACGCAGGGUAUUAACACGGCACCGAAAUCAGAAGGUAUUGCGAAAUCAAAAAAGCGCUCUACCACAGGUGAUUACUCGAGCACAUCUGAAAAAAAGCGUAAGAGAUGGCGGGAUUGGGAGGAAGGAAAUCGAUACCUAAAACAAAUUAGAGGUUAACAUUAAAUAAUUUUCGUUACAUGUCGAAGAGUGUACAUUAUCGAGAGCUUUCCCGCUUGCGUGCAAGUUGGAAACAUUUGAGAAACUUUACCAUCCAGUAAGAGUAUGAGAAAAUAUUUUUGUUUCAUAUUGUCAGGAAAUUCCUUGCUCAUUUCUAAACGCGUUUAAAUUCGACCUUGACGAAAAUUUCUUGAUCGAACCAGUCUCUCGUCAUGGACACACACAUACACACACACACACACAACACACAAACGCGCAUGUAAAUUCUUCCAUAACUUCUAGUUAGUGCUAGAAAAGAGGGUUGUUGAAUGCAUUUCGAAUUGAUUGGUGUGGUUGCUCAGGGUUCACAACAUGCUAUAUGCCAAAAUACAUUCGGUAGCACUAAACAACAAGCAAUAAUAGAGAUGUAGUGUUAAAGAGAUACUUUUUAACAUGCUGUUGAAACAUGAUUACAAUUGAAUAGUUCGUGGAAUAUAUAUAUAUAUAUAAAUAUAUCAAUAUAAGAAAUAUUAUUAUUACAUACUGAAGUAAGUAAUGAUAAUCAUUUUAGAACUGUUGUGAAACAAUUAUAUUAAGUCAUAGAAGAGUUUAAUUAAUGAUAGAGGUCUAUAUCAGUCUUCUUUUUUUUUUUUCUUUUUUGUAGAUAUGUAUAGAGGCAUAAUCAACAUCUGCUAUCAUAACGCCUGUCGCAACAAUAAUGAGACCUGCCGUUUUCAAACGUAACGCGGCGAAUUUUCGACAUCGAAAUCACGGCACAGUUUGAAGAGCCCAGUGUUACCAUAUUUCAUUUCGUGGCAGCUAGUCUCAUUAUUUUUGAAACAGGCCACGUAUCCGAUAGAGAGAGAGAGAGAAAGAGAGAGAGAGAGAGAGAAGAGAGAGAGAUCGAAAUAAUAUAUUUAAAAAAACAAUUACACGCAUACAUGUUUCUGUAUAUGUGUAUAUAUGUAUAUAAAAUGUAUACGUGCAUGUAUAUGCAGAUGUACACAUUGCACGCGCAUCAAAGGCCGACAUAUUCAUUCAUGUAUAUAUAUGAUCGGACUCCUCGACUCGAGAUGAAACGUCCAUUCUGCUCUCGGCUACUCUUUCGUAUUCGGAUAACCAUACACAGAAUGAAAAUGUCAUCAUCGCGCACGCAUCGUGUCCGUACGUGUCCAUACCUCAUUAGUCACUUUUGUUGUAUGUAUGUGACGAGACGACGAAUGUGAAAUAGUGGAAGAGUGGCAAUGUCAUGUUCGACCGAUUGAAAAAAAAAA